AUGAAUCUGAAACGUCAGGCUUCUUAUCACGAGGCCCUCGACUGGGAUUUGAUCUUCGAUGAUCACGAGAAAAAUGACGGUGACGAGAAGUUGCCCUUUCAUUCGGCGGUGCUCCAGCAACGAAUGAAACAGUUCUUUUUGGUUUCUCGUUUCUUCUGCGCCCGCUUCAAGCCAAGCGAUCCGCCAUGGACGCGUAUCAAGAAUCAGCUGAUGAUGGGAGUUAUUCUUGGUGGAUGCAUUCUCUUCCUCUUCUUCGAUUCCUUUGUCACAUUCAGUCAUGGCUUGGAUCGAGCGCCGACUGGGGUCGUUUUCAUCUCCUUCAACAUGCAAGCCACGUUUUCUGGGUUCUGUUUGAUCUAUUGGCAGAAGCGGAAACAGCUGAAGAGUUUGUUCAAUCUCUUUGUCAAAGCCGACUCAGGAAACGAGCGAUUUAAGAAGGAGAUCCUCUCGGCCCAUCGUAGAGUUUUCAUUCGUUUCUGUGUCAUGUUGGGCAUUUUGUUCUGGAUGAUCGCCCAGUUUGUUGUCGGAGCGAUUUUCGAUUGGCGACCGCAUAUGGCAAACGAGGAGAAGCAUUUCGUCGAAGGCAGUCAAAUCUUUGUCCGCUCAUUCUUCUGCUCGAUAGCUUUUGCUCUUCACUAUAUCGUCAUGCAUUUGUAUGUGAUGCUGGCAACGGGAGUUUUUUGGGAGAUGAAAGCGUUCAAUUGGAUGUUGGCUAAACUUUCCGAUGAGAAGCACGACUUUAAAGUUUCAUUAAAGGAAGUGAUUCUAAAACAUGCUCGUUUGACAAAAACGAUCGUUCAACUGAAUCGGAUCUUUUCGCCAUAUCAACACGUUGCCGUUGCCGUUGCCGUUGCCGUUGCCGUUGCCGUUGCCGUUGCCGUUGCCUCUGCCGUUGCCUCUGCCGUUGCCUCUGCCGUUGCCUCUGCCGUUGCCUCUGCCGUUGCCUCUGCCGUUGCCUCUGCCGUUGCCUCUGCCGUUGCCUCUGCCGUUGCCGUUUUCGUG